GGUGAGCGCCCUACAGUCGGGGAGAGAAGAGGCGAGAGAAGGCGGGGGAGCCCGGGCGAGGCGCUGGGCUGCCGGGGACGCUGCUGCUGCCGUCGCCUCCUGCUGCUAGGCGGGACCAGUCGGAUCGGGCCGGACCGGUGCCUGCUGCCACCCUCCCACGAGGGCUCCUGACAGCCGGCCGCCCUAGAGCCCGUCUGCUGCUCAGGCGGGGAGGGGGCGGCCGUUGCUAGGCAACGCGCGCCUUGGCCCGCCCUCCCUCCCUCGGCUCUCGCGCUCUGCCCCUCGGCGCGGGCCAGGGGAGCAUGCCCCCCUGGCCGGGUCGCGGCCCGCGCAGCACGCCUGGGAGGAGGGGCCAGGGGCGCGCCCCCCUCCCCCGUUGAGCGCGGCCCCGCCCCCGAGCCGCGCAAUGGCCCCCCCGCCCGGCGGCCCGGGAGCCCCCGGCUCCCCACCAGCCCCGCGGCUGGACCAGUGAGCCCCGGAGCCGCCUGCCCGCCGUCCGCCGCCCGCCGCCCCCCAAACCCCCCACCCCCACGGCUGGCACCAUGGGAUGUAACAUGUGUGUGGUCCAGAAGCCAGAGGAGCAGUACAAAGUGAUGCUUCAGGUGAACGGGAAGGAGCUCUCCAAACUGUCUCAGGAGCAAACCCUGGAAGCACUGCGCUCUUCCAAGGAGCCCCUGGUAAUCCAGGUGCUAAGACGAAGCCCCCGACUCCGGGGGGACAGCUCCUGUCACGACCUGCAGCUGGUGGACAGUGGCACUCAGACUGACAUCACCUUCGAGCAUAUCAUGGCGUUGGGCAAGUUGCGCCCUCCCACUCCACCCAUGGUCAUCCUGGAGCCGUAUGUCCUUUCUGAGCUCCCCCCCAUCGGCCAUGAGUAUUAUGACCCAGCGGAGUUCAUGGAGGGCAGCCAGCAGGAGGCAGACCGAGUGGAUGAGCUGGAGUAUGAGGAGGUGGAGUUGUACAAAGCCAGCCACCGGGACAAGCUCGGUUUGAUGGUUUGCUACCGAACAGAUGAUGAAGAGGACCUGGGCAUCUACGUCGGAGAGGUAAAUCCCAACAGCAUUGCAGCCAAAGAUGGCCGGAUCAGAGAAGGGGACCGAAUCAUCCAGAUAAAUGGCAUGGACGUCCAGAACCGAGAGGAGGCGGUAGCCAUCCUGACCCAGGAGGAGAAUACCAACAUUUCCCUGCUCGUGGCUCGGCCUGAGACUGAGCUGACCAAGCGAUGGAAAGACAGCGACCGAGAGGACUUCCUAGACGACUUUGGCUCCGAGAACGAGGGAGAGCUGGCUGUCCAGAAGCUGAAAUCCCCCUCUGGCCAUCAGCUUGAAGCCGAAGAUGGGAAGGGAGCAGCUAGCACAGGCCCAGGGCUGAACAACAGCCAGGAGCUGGACAGUGGGGUGGGCCGGACCGAUGAGAGCACCCGGAACGAAGAGAGCUCGGAACAUGACCUGCUGGGAGACGAGGCCCCGAGCACAACCAACACCCCAGGGAGUCUGCGCAAGUUUGGGCUCCAGGGUGAUGCCCUGCAGAGCCGAGACUUCCACUUCAGCAUGGACUCCCUUCUGGCCGAGGGAGCCGGGUUAGGCGGUGGGGACGUCCCGGGCCUCACGGAUGAGGAGUAUGAGCGCUACCGGGAGCUGCUGGAAAUCAAAUGCCACUUAGAGAACGGCAACCAGCUGGGGCUCUUCUUCCCCAGGGCGGGAGCAGGCAACAGCUCCCUGGAUGUCAACCGCAACGAGAGCCUGGGGCACGAGAUGGCCAUGCUGGAAGAGGAGCUCCGGCACCUGGAGUUCAAGUGCCGGAACAUCCUGCGGGCCCAGAAGAUGCAGCAGCUGCGGGAGCGCUGCAUGAAGGCCUGGCUGCUGGAGGAGGAGAGCCUCUAUGACUUUGGGGCCAGCGAGCCCAAGAAGCACGAACUCUCCGACAUCACCGAGCUGCCCGAGAAGUCGGACAAAGAUAGCACCAGUGCCUACAACACGGGCGAGAGCUGCCGCAGCACCCCGCUGCUCAUGGAGCCCCUGCUCGAGAGCCCCCUGCGGCGGGUCACCGACACCAUCUUCAAGGCCGCCUGCUUAGGGGCCGAGAAGGCUGCCCCUGGGAACUCAAACCUCAACCAGAGCACGUGCGGCCCCCACAAGGCCGGCGGCCCCCCUGACGGGAGCCCGGCCAAGUUCCGCUCCCUCUCCCGCGACAGCGACGUGUGCCAGAGGCAGCACGCUGAGGACAGGCUCCGGCGCAGCCCCAAGACUGGCGCCGGGGUGCUGGAGCAGGCAGGAGCGGAAGGCAGCCCCUACCUCUCUCGGCGCCACCGGGUGCAGGGCCAAGCCAGCGAGCGCUACCACAGCUGUGUGCAGCUGAGCCCCGCCCGCGGCCUGGAGGAACUGGGCCACACACCCCUGAGUCUAGCCACCAUGUGCAAGGACUCGCUGGCCAGCCCCAAGGUGGGAGGGGCCGAAGCGCCGCGGAUGGAGUGGAAGGUGAAGGUGCGCAGCGACGGCACCCGCUACGUGGCCAAACGGCCCGUUCGGGACCGGCUCCUGAAGGCGCGGGCCCUGAAGAUCCGCGAGGAGCGGAGCGGCAUGACCACAGACGACGACGCUGUGAGUGAGAUGAAGAUGGGCCGCUACUGGAGCAAGGAAGAGCGGAAGCAGCACCUGAUCCGGGCCCGGGAGCAGCGGAAACGGCGGGAAUUCAUGAUGCAGAGCCGGCUCGAGUGCCUGAGGGAGCAGCAGAACAGCGAAAGCAAGCACGAGCUCAACAUCAUCGCGCUGAGCCACCGCAAAACCAUGAAGAAGAGGAACAAGAAGAUCCUCGACAACUGGAUCACCAUCCAGGAGAUGCUGGCUCACGGAACCCGCUCGGCCGACGGCAAGAGGGUCUACAACCCUCUCCUGUCUGUCACCACUGUGUGAGGCGCCCUCCCUCCCGGCCAGGCCCUUCUCUCGCUGAGUCACUUUCCCUUUCCCCUGGAGACUCGGCUGGGGCGUGAGCGGGUGUGGGCUGUGGGCUGUGGUGUUUGGUGUUCGGUCGGUGAGAGAGAGCGCGCGCGCGCGCGCCUGUGUCUCUGUGUGCAGAAGAAGUCCAAGUUUUCCGCGCGCCCGCCCAAGGUUGACCUGAAAGAAAGUUUCAGGCCUGCUGCGCUCGCGCAUGUGGCUUAGACACAGACGCGCGCGCGCGCGCGCGCGCGCCCCAUCCAGUUGGGCGUGAGGAGACGGCGAAACUCGAUGGGAAACGUUGGGGAGGGAGGGAGGGAGGAAGACUUUCCAGAGCACAAAGCAUUUCCUUACCUUGGAUUUCGAGCACAAAAGUCCCCGUGGAGGGUCGCGCCUCCCUCAGCUCACUGUCCACUGUGCUGGGUCUGCCGGGGCCCAGCGGGAGCCUCUCAUUCCGGGACAAGAGCAACCCUGAUUUUGUGGUCUUUCUCAUUUUCUGUGCUUGCCAAUAUUUGUUUUUCUGUUUUGUGAACCUGCCCAGGGGCCAGCAGCUCCUUAAGGCCACCGGCCAGGAGCUGAGAGUGAUGUCUGUCCGGGAAGAAGGUUGGGAGGGCAGGGAGGGAGGGAGGGGUCCGGGGAGGGGGGAAGCGGGAAAGGGGGGAUGCUGAAGUAUGGGGCCCAGGAUAGGGUGGGGGGCAUCACAGGAGGACCGGAAGGCGGUCCCGCGUGUGUAAUAUGGCUGCUGUCUCCCCUGUGAGGGGCGCUUCCUUCUCCACCAGCCAGUGGAGCUCCUAGGCUGCGUUAGUCUAAGGCCAGUGUCUAGGACUAGCUAGGGAAGUGAGAAUCCCGCUGUACUCCUGCCUAGUCAGCCCCACGCAGAGUGCGGACACUACUGUUGGGGAGAGACACGGACAAGUGGGAAGUGUCCAGGGAAAGGGUGAGCAGGGUGGUAAGAGGAGUCGCUAUCGGGUCAUGUGGUAACCAGCUGAAGGAACUGGGGAUGUUUAACCUGGAGAAGAUUUGAUGGAGGGAGGGGAGGAAGGAAGGGCUGGAAGAUGGAAGAGGGAUUCAACGGAUUCUGCUUGUCCCCAGAGGGCCCAAGUGGGACUAGUGGGGGAAAGUUCUAGGAAGGCAGAUUUCAGUUCAGCAGGAAGGGCUUCCUAACAAUGAUGCCCAACCUUGGACCGGGCAGUCUCAUUCGGUCAUUAGUUAAGCAGUCUGGAUGACCACCAGUCAGGGAUGCUUCCUGCAGCCGGUGGGAUGUUAGACUAGCCGCCCUCUGAGGUCCCUUUCAAUUCUGAGGCUCUACGAUGGGUAGCAUGAGGCUACCCCAUCCUCUGUGGACACCCUCCAGCACCACCUGCAUCUUAAGAAUAAAGCAAGCUGUGUUUUGACUCGA